CCGGUCCCCUCUCCCCUCUCCCGGCUCCAGGCUCCUCCCGCGCCGUUCCCGGCAGGAAGCGGCCGCAGCCAAUCCCGCGGGGGCCGCCGCCCGCUGCCCGCGCUGCCUCCGCCGCCGGCCCGAGUCCCGAGUGAGGCACUGCUGCUGCAUGCCCAGAAGUUGAGCUGGAACUAAAAAUAAUCCUGGAGCAGAGCCGGGCUCUUGGCUCGAGCAGAGGGGCAGAGGAGGGCCUGACCCAGGCACCCCAAAAACCGGGAUCGAGCUGGACUGGGAGGCCAGGACUGCUCCCUGGAUCCGAGCCUGCCCGCCAGGAUUCCCGGGGCCGUGCCCACUCCUGCUUCCUCAUCCCGACUCUCCUGGUGCCGAGGAUGCUCUUCCCAGUGCUGAUCCUGUCGCUGGGGCUGGCAGGUGCCAUGGAGAUCCAGGUGCCCGAGGAGCCCGUGGUGGCCCUGUUCGGCCACGACGCCACCCUGCUCUGCUCCUUCUCGCCCGAGGCCAACUUCAGCGUGGCGGAGCUGAGCCUCAUCUGGCAGCUGACGGACACCAAGCGCCUGGUGCACGGCUUCUCCGGCGGCCGCGACCUGCUGCAGGACCAGGGCCGCGGCUACGCCAACCGCACCGCGCUCUUCUACGACCAGCUGGAGCAGGGAAACGUGUCCCUGCUGCUGCGGAGCGUGCGGAUCGCCGACGAGGGCAGCUUCACCUGCUUCGUGCGCGUCCGCGACUACAACAGCGCCGCGGUCACGCUGCAGGUGGCAGCUCCCUACUCCAAGCCCAGCGUGCACCUGGAGCCCAGCAAGGACCUGAAGCCGGGCGACGUGGCCGUGGUGACGUGCCACGCGUCCCGCGGCUACCCCGAGGCCAGCGUGCUGUGGCAGGACGGCCGCGGCGCCAACCUGACGGCCAACGUCACCACGUCGCAGGUGGCCAACGAGGAGGGGCUGUUCGAGGUGCGCAGCGUCCUGCGCGUGCUGGUGGAGCCCAGCGUCACCUACUCGUGCCUGGUGCUGAACGCGGUGCUGCGGCAGCAGGGACACGCCUCGGUCACCAUCACGGGCCAGCCCCUGGCAUUCCCGGCGGUGGCCCUGUGGGUGACAGUGGCCCUGGCCGUGUGCGUGGUGGUGCUGCUCGGCGUCCUGGCCUUCGUGUGCCACCAGAAGAUCCGGGAGAGCUGCCGGGAGGAUGAGGAGCGCGCAGGGCCAGAGGAGCGGGAUGAGGAGGGGGAGGAGCCCAAGACAGCUCUGCAGCUGCUGGAAACCACGGAGAGCAGAGAGGGUCGGGAGCAGGAGAUCGAUUGACGGCAGCGGGGCCCCCCCGGAGCCCCGGCCCCGCCCGGAUGGCCCCGAACCGGGACCACCCCGGGGCGCCCCGGCAGGGAGGACCCGGAGCUGCUGCCCCUCCUCAUCCCAUUCCCGUUCCCCGCCUCCCCUCCAGGCCUUUCCCGAGGGAACGUGGGGUGAGGAUCUGUCCCUGUGUCUCCAUGUCCACCCUGGGGUGGGCAUUCCCCGUUCCCUGCUCCGGGUCCUGCCCCGGGCGCCUUUCCCACCCUUCCCGAGCCUGGAGCCUCGGGAAUGCCGGCUGGGAGCGGGGCCGGGCCACACGGGGACGCUCCCGUUCCCAUGCACGACACCGCGUGUCCCUCCGGGCUCCUUCUAGCCUUAAACACCAGAUCCUGGCUGGAUUUGUCCCACCGGGAGCGACCCCGGGCCGCGUUCGGGAAGGGCGAACAAGGGGCCACCCGCUGGCCGGGUGAGGCCCUGCUGUGGGGACAGCUCUGGGGACAUCCCCAGCCUGUUAUUCCUGUGGGACUGGGGGCUCUGUCCGGGGACACGGGGACACCCCAAGUGCUGCUGGAGUGUCCCGAUCCCGCUCCGGAGCGGGGAGAGUCCCCGAGGGCUCCUUGGGUCGAGCCCUUCUUCAACGUCCGGGAUCUGGAGGGUUUCUUGUGCCUUGACAAAUAAAUUUGGGACUGUGUCAGUCGAUCCUUCCUGGC